CUGUCCCGCCCUGCGCCUCCGGACGUCUGUGCCGGGACAUGGCCGCUGCGGAUGCCGGGUCCUUGAGCUGAUCGCCUGCUGCGGGAGCCAACCUCUGCUUUCAACCGUCUGUACGGGCUGGGCCCAGGCGCUGGGACGGCGAAGAUCCGCGGAGGAAGCUGAGGCUGCCAUAGGACGCCGCCGCGGCGGGCGCAUGGCGUCCAUCUUGCUCAGGAGCUGCCGCGGCCGGGGGCCUGCCCGCCUCGCGCCGCCCCGGGCCGCCUCCCCUCGGGGUAGUCUGAGGGAUCGAGCUUGUCUCAGUUGUAUGAGGACCGUGGGGUUGACGAGCCAUGAGAGUGUUCUGUCUCGCUGUUGUACUCCAGCCCACCCUGUGUACCUCUGCUUCAAAGGUGAGCCCCUCAGCUGUUGGACUCAGAGGCCUGAGUGCCAGGGCACCGUGGCAAGGGCAACAUGGACACCUGCCUCUGCAAGGUUGGUUGUUACAGGACCUCAGUACCUUCCUGUGCGCAGCUGGCACUCAUCAUCCCCACUAGGAGAGGACUCUGUGAUAGAGAAGUCCCUUAAGUCCUUAAAGGACAAGAAUAAGAAGCUGGAAGAGGGUGGCCCCGUAUACAGCCCGCCAGCUCAGGUGACAGUGAAGAAGUCUCUGGGGCAGAAGGUACUGGACGAGCUGAAGCACUACUACCAUGGCUUCCGCCUGCUCUGGAUCGACACCAAGAUUGCUGCCCGCAUGCUGUGGCGCAUCCUCAAUGGCCAUACGCUGACCCGCCGGGAGCGCAGGCAGUUUCUCCGAAUUUGUGCGGACCUCUUCCGUCUAGUGCCCUUCCUGGUGUUCGUCGUGGUACCCUUCAUGGAGUUCCUGCUGCCUGUGGUUGUGAAGCUCUUCCCCAACAUGCUACCCUCCACGUUUGAGACCCAGUCCAUCAAGGAGGAAAGGCUGAAGAAGGAGCUUAGGGUGAAGCUGGAGCUAGCCAAGUUUCUCCAGGACACCAUAGAGGAAAUGGCCCUGAAGAACAAGGCAGCCAAAGGGAAUGCCACCAAAGAUUUCUCUGCAUUUUUUCAGAAGAUCCGGGAGACAGGGGAGAGACCCAGCAAUGAGGAAAUCAUGCGUUUUUCCAAAUUGUUUGAGGAUGAGCUGACCCUGGAUAACCUCACGAGGCCUCAGCUGGUAGCACUGUGCAAGCUGCUGGAGCUUCAGUCUAUUGGCACCAACAACUUCCUGCGGUUCCAGCUCACCAUGCGGCUGAGGUCCAUAAAGGCUGAUGAUAAGCUGAUUUCUGAGGAAGGGGUGGACAGUCUAACUGUGAAGGAAUUGCAGGCAGCAUGUCGAGCACGAGGCAUGCGAGCACUUGGUGUCACAGAAGACCGUCUGAAGGGCCAGCUGAAACAGUGGCUGGACUUACACCUGCAUCACGAGAUCCCCACGUCACUGCUCAUACUCUCCCGGGCCAUGUACCUCCCAGACACCCUCUCACCUGCUGACCAGCUGAAGUCCACCUUGCAGACGCUUCCGGAAAUUGUGGCAAAGGAGGCUCAGGUAAAAGCAGCAGAGGUGGAGGGAGAACAGAUAGACAACAAGGCGAAGCUGGAGGCCACGCUGCAGGAAGAGGCUGCCAUCCAGCAAGAACACCUGGAAGAACUAAAGAGAGCUGCUGAGGCUGUGAAGGAGAUCCAGCCAGAAGUAGCAGAAGCCACUGUCCCUGGGAGGCCAGGGGACGAGCUUCAGCCCAAGAUGGCUGAUGUGAUCCUACCCUCAGAGGUACUGAAGGAUACGGCACCUGUACUGGAAGGUUUGAAGGGAGAAGAAAUUACCAAGGAGGAGAUUGACAUCCUCAGUGAUGCCUGCUCCAAGCUAAAGGAGCAGAAGUCAUCUCUGACCAAGGAGAAGGAGGAACUGGAGCUGCUGAAGGAGGACAUUCAGGACUACAGUGAGGACUUACAGGAGAUCAAGAAGGAACUUUCAAAGACGGGUGAUGAGAAGUUCAUAGAAGAAUCCACAGCUAGCAAGAGGCUGUCGAAGCGGGUGCAGCAGAUGAUUGGACAGAUCGACGGCCUGAUUGCACAGCUGGAGACCACUCAACAGAAUGGCAAGCUCAGCCUGGAUGAGAGCUCUCCGACAGGGGAGAGUGUCAUCAGUAUCAAUGAGCUCCUCAGCGCCAUGAAGCAAAUCAAGCACAUUCCAGAACACAAGCUGAUCAGUUUGACCUCAGCCCUGGAUGAAAAUAAGGAUGGCAAUAUCAACAUCGAUGACCUUGUUAAGGUAAUCGACUUGGUGAACAAAGAAGAUGUUCAGAUUUCUACCACCCAGGUAGCCGAAAUUGUGGCCACACUAGAGAAGGAAGAAAAGGUGGAAGAGAAAGAAAAGGCCAAGGAAAAGGCUGAGAAAGAGGCGGCAGAAGUGAAGAAUUAAAGCUGCCGACUUUGGGCCCCACAAGCACGGUGGCGUGACACAGUGACUGCUUUGCGCUGAUUCUUAGUGGCAAAUCUAAUAUUUUGUCUGGAAUAAAUCAAAAACUUCCAUAAUGAA